UGGACGGAAAACGUAUGGCAAUACUGGUGCUUUUGUCUGCCCUCCUUUACUGAAUUGGAUGUCCAAAUGACAACUGUGAAAAGGGUCAUUAAAACAACAACACGAGCAGUGACCUAAGACCUUUGCACAGUACUGUGGAUUCUACUUGUAAGAGCACAAAUGAGAAUGACUGACAUGGUUAUGCUCUGAAGGCAAUGAAUAACACUGAGGGCAGAGCUGCAGUGACGUAGGAGUCAUUGCUCCAACCUGCUCUUCUCACAGUGUGCUCAUCAGACAUUUUGCUUCAGACAAGUGAGCUGCAAACAUCUGACCGCAAAACUCCUCCGGAGAGCCCUUCAGAGUCGUUGGGCACUUUGUCUUCCUCUACUUCAUCAGAUCCCAGCAUGCAUCCUGUAUGUGGUGUCAUUGGCUGCCUCACUGUGUUGGGGGCUCUCCUGUUACUGCCCUUGACAUGUCUCAGCACCAUGUUGACCGUGAUCGGAAUCUGCAUAGCCUGGAAGGCCCCUUGGAAGUUCAUGCGUGUGGCUCUACACACCUUCAAAAGAGACAUCAUGUGUUUGAUUGUUAUCCUGCGAGUAAGGUUUGCAAUGUACCAAAAUGCCAGAAAAAGGAGAACCAUACCUGUUUUCUUUGCUAAGACGGUCGCACAGCACCCAGACAAACCAGCGCUUAUCUAUGAGCCCACUGGAGAGGUCUGGACUUUCAGGGAACUGCAGGAACAAUGCCAUGCUGUGGCUCACUGGGCGCUGACACAAGGGUGGGCAGAGGGGGACGUGGUGGCGUUGUACAUGGAAAGCUGUCUUUUAUUGGUGGCUUUGUGGUUGGGUCUCGCUAUGGUGGGUGUGGAGGUUGCGCUCAUCAACUACAACCUGCGGUUGAAAUCACUGCAGCACUGUGUUAGUGCGUCCAGGGCACGUGCGUUGGUGUUUGGCGGCGAGCUAACUGAAGCUGUGUUUGCGGUGAGAGAUUCUCUGCACUCCGACAUGGUUUUGUUUUGUAAUGGUGGACAGACAGGUGACGAGAGGCUCGGUUGUCUCAAAGCUGGGAAUCUGGAUGAACUGCUGGCACGUACACCCAAGCACCCACCCAGCUACACACUCAAUAAGACAUUUAGCGACAGACUUUUCUACAUUUACACAUCUGGCACAACAGGAAUGCCAAAAGCAGCUGUGGUGGUUCACAGUCGCUAUUACCGCAUCGCUGCGUUCGGUUUUUAUGCUUUUGGUUUGCGACAUGAUGAUGUCAUCUACAACUGUCUUCCUCUAUAUCACUCUGCAGGAACUAUCAUGGGUGUAGGGCAAAGUUUGCUGUUUGGUUUGACUAUUGUCAUCAGAAAUAAGUUCUCAGCCAGAAGGUUCUGGGAUGAUUGUGUUAAACACAACUGCACAGUAAUCCAAUAUAUAGGAGAGAUUUGUCGAUACUUGUUAGCCCAACCGACUCACUCAUCUGAGGGACAGCACCAGGUCCGUGUUGCCAUUGGUAACGGCCUCCGUCCAUCCGUGUGGGAGGAGUUUGUGAGGAGAUUCAGAAUAAAACGGGUUGGGGAAUUUUAUGGCGCCACAGAGUGCAACUGCAGCCUGGUCAACAUUGAUGGAAAAGUGGGCGCAUGUGGCUUCAACAGUCGCAUCCUGCCAAGCUUUUACCCCAUCAGACUGGUCAGAGUGCAGGAAGACAGUAGAGAACUGCUCAGAGAUGUGCAGGGACUCUGUAUUCCCUGUCAGCCUGGGGAACCAGGGAUGUUAGUGGGCCACAUCAACGAUAAGGAUCCACUCAGAAGAUUCGAUGGCUACGCUGAUCAGGAUUCCACCAAUCAGAAAAUAGCACACGAUGUCUUCAAGACGGGGGACUCAGCCUACGUCUCAGGUGACAUAAUGGUGAUGGACGAUUACGGCUAUAUGUACUUCAGGGACCGCUGCGGCGACACCUUUCGCUGGCGAGGGGAGAAUGUUUCCACCAUGGAGGUGGAGGGAGUCCUCAGUGGCCUGCUGGGACACACUGAUGUCGCUGUUUAUGGAGUUUGUGUGCCAGGUGUGGAGGGGAGGGCUUGUAUGGCAGCAAUAGCACACGAAGAAGGCCAGUUUGACCUUGAUGGCUUCUUGUCCGUUGUCCAAAAAGCCCUCGCCCCGUACGCUCGUCCGGUCUUCCUGCGACUUAUGCCAGCUGUGGACACUACAGGCACCUUUAAGAUUCAGAAGAUGCGGCUGCAGAAGGAAGGUUACAAGUCACAAAACUCCAGAGAGAAGAUCUAUUUUCUUAACAGCCCUGUCGGGCGUUAUGAGGCUGUCACCGAUGAAUUGUAUGACUCCAUCAUGGCGGGACGUGUGCGUCUAUGAGACUGAAGAGACAGACAUUGUUAACCACAGCAAAUGAUUUCUUUUUUUGUAUCCUCACGGAGGGGAUUUAAGACCAAUAAAAAUUGAAA